AAAAUAAUUAGACAGUCAAAGUGGUUACUACUUCAGUGUUGAAGCGUUGCGAUUUCAUUUUCAACUACUUUCAAACAUAAAUUGCACGAGGAGGAAUGAAGUCGAAUCAUAAGCUGUUGAUAGCAGUUAUUGCUGGUUCAACUGCGAUUGUAGGUGCUGCAAUCAUUUUGUGCGUUUUCUAUAUCUACUACUACCGGAGGAAAUCCCACCGCCAAAAUGUGUAUCGAUUGAGUUGUUUGGAUUCGGAUAAGAUGAGUGGUAGUUGCAGAGCUCUGAUGAUGGAUUUUAAGAAGAUAGAAUCAGCCACUGAUAAUUUUAGAGAGACUAACAUUUUGGGUGCCGGUGGCUUCGGAUGCGUCUACCAAGGCCAUCUCCAACCUGCAAACAUUUCUAUUGCUGUUAAGAAGCUUUCCAAUGCAGAUGCCAUAACUCAAUUUCAGACUGAAGUGGAGUUGCUGAGUAAAAUUGAGCAUCCAAAUAUAAUUACUUUAUUGGGAUACUGCAUUCAUGGUGAAACAAGGCUUCUUGUAUAUCAACUAAUGCACAAUGGAUCUCUGGAAACUCAAUUACAUGGACCUUCUAAGGGUUCAGCAUUGACAUGGCAUUUACGCCUCAAGAUCGCCCUUGACGUUGCAAGAGGAUUAGAGUAUUUGCAUAAGCACUGUCGUCCCCGAAUAAUUCAUCGAGAUCUCAAAUCGUCUAAUAUUCUUCUGGAUUCCAACUUCAACGCCAAGCUUUCGGAUUUCGGGCUUGCUAUAUUGGAUGGUAGUCAGAAGAAAAGCCAACUCAAGCUUUCAGGAACGCUGGGUUAUGUAGCUCCUGAAUACCUAUUAGAUGGUAAGCUAACAGAUAAAAGUGAUGUUUAUGGGUUUGGAGUGGUGCUGCUUGAGCUUCUGCUGGGAAGAAAACCUAUGGAGAAACCAGCACCGCCUCACACCCAGUCUACCGUCUCAUGGGCCAUGCCUCAGCUCACAGACAGAACCAAACUUCCCAACAUUGUGGAUCCUGUGAUUGCAAACUCAAUGGAUAUGAAGCACUUGUACCAGGUUGCUGCGGUGGCAUUGCUAUGCAUACAACCGGAACCAAGCUAUCGGCCGUUGAUUGCAGAUAUUUUGCUUUCUCUUGUGCCCCUUGUCCCUGUUGAGCUUGGUGGGACGCUCAGAGAUGAAAAAUCUCUUAAACCUGCUACAUAUGUACAUACGUAGUUUUGGUGCACUCUUCCAGUCCAGUAGCUUUCCUAUCCCCCCUUUCUUCAAACCCUUGUUCAGAAUCCCCCUCCCAUGUAAUGACGUGGAUGAUUAUGAAAAGCUUUUAUAGUUGCAUGCUGGCUAUAGAUUUCAGUUUGUGCA